GUUAAAUAUAUAUUGUUUUCAAUGAUUUAAAAAAAAACAUCAGAUUUAUUGAUACUUUAAUUUUUCAGUAUCCUAUCCGACUGCGUAUGGGCAUUUUACACGCCUUUAUAAUCCACCCAUCUUCUUUGUAGCUAGAUAUCUCAAAUGUUGUAGAUGGAUGUUCUAGUGUAGAAAUACCAAAUUUAUUCAAUUGGCAUAUAAAUGAAAUUUUAGUUUACUUUGAAUCUUCUUCCUUGUUUAUGUGAAUACCUAAGCGUAAAGAUAGAAAGGUAUUUUAAUGCAGCUGACAAACUGUGGAUUGAGAAAUUCACCACAACAUUAAAACCAUGAACAGUUUACAUUAAAACUGUGGACCUGUAUCAAAUUUAAAAUAUGGCAUACAAAUCUGUUGACUCAAGCAAUCAGUUUGAAGUUUUACAAAAAUUACGUAACAUACGCCAAGAUCACAAAACAUUAUUUUACAUGUCUGCAUGGACCAUUGAAAAAAAAGUCAUUUCAUUGAUAUGUCUGCAGAUGAAAUUUACCCCGAUAAAACAAAAAUUAGAAAAAUCAAUGGUCCUUCAGUUCUUGGCCAGAGUUGCCUCUAUUCAUACCAUUUGACCCCAAUCUUGGUGUCUCCGGAGCUUUUCAUCUGAAAAUCAGAUCUUGUUCUGCUAAUCAUAAUGAUGCCUGUCAAUAUGGGUGUGCGAUAUUGGCAGUGCCUUUGUUUUUUUUCGCUUGACGUAGCCCAGAUAAGCUAAUUUAAAUGCACUUUGUUGACACAUCGGCAAUGGGUAGGAGUUUUUUUCAUAUCGACUCCGACACCCUUUACUGUUCGCUCAAUUAGCUCCAUUAAAUCAUGUGUAUGGCAUUACGACUGCUGCACGAGUUUUUGUGUGAUUUGUGAACAUUCAUCAGGGUAAAUCUUUUACAAAAAAUCUUCUUAGAAGCAUUUCAAAUUUGACGGCCUAGCUUAUUCAGUAAUUCUAGUCUAAGAGGCAAACCUGUACAUCAACCUGUAUAUUCAAGUGGCAGAGGAAACGGAGUUCUCAUUUAGAAAUUAAUUUUAACGUGGUAAAAUUUGUGGAUAUGUUAAGUUCUACAAAAUUUGAUGCUACAAGUAAAAAAAAUGUGAAUUCUUGACCUUUGUGUACCAGAAAAAGGAGGAAUUCUGCAUAGUGAACAUUAAAAUUAAGUGCAGUUUAUCAUACCAAGAGAAUUCUCUCUCAUUUAACGAAACAAAGGGUCUAUUUGUGACAGAAGUGUUCCACAAUUUGGAUAACCUGUUGUCUAAAGAUGUGACGUCAUGAGUCUGUCGGAGAGCCCAUAGCCAUGGAACUUGUGGUUGCCAUAGCAAUAGGAAUACUGUCCACCAUUUUUGUAGGAUCUGUUGUCGCGCUUGUAUUUGUUUGUCGACAGAAGUGCAAGAAGGAGACGGAUUUGAUCUCACAACAACACAGCGAAACGAGCCGACCAGAUGUCCAGCUGAUUGAGGAAGACUCACAGCGACCCGGAUCUGCUGGUGUGGAGCUUGAAGAUGUCCAGAUCAGUGAUCCAAAACUGGAUCAGAUCCUGAAGGACGAGAACUGGGUGGAUGAUGUUACAGGAUUGGUGCCCCACUGUCUGUCUGUAUUAAAGACCUGCAAGUACCUAACAGAGCAGCUAGUCGGCAUGACGAUGGGGAAUUCCCAGACCAUUCAGACCCAGGAACUGUUGACAGAGGUGGUGACAGUCGCUAAGAGAAUCAGUCCCCGUGUGGAUGAGGUCGUUGUGGCCAUGUACCCUCCACUAGACCCACGUCUGCUAGAAGCCAGAUGCACUGCCCUGGUUCUGUCUGUCAACCAUCUGGUCCUGGUCACUAAGCACGCCUGUCACUUGUCUGGGGAGAUGGACUGGAUCGACCAGAAAAUGGCCGACGUAGAGGAGCAUCUACGAGUGUUGAGGGAGGCAAGUUUAAGUCUAGAAAUGUCUAAAUGGAUGGCAGAGAGCUUACCAGAGGAGAAUGAAACAUCCACAGCAACAGCUCAACAAACUCAGAGUGAAUCCUCGCAAGUCUAGCAAUUUGCCCCAACUUAAGUCAUUCAUAGCAAUAAGUUGAAAAAAACUCAGAGUGAACCUUACAUAUUAAGCAACUCGUCCAAAGCAGCAAGUCUACAAACUUAAGUCAUCCACAGCAAUAAGUCAAACAACUUGGAAAGAACUCUCACAAGUCUAGUAAGUUGUUUACACCAGCAAGUCUUACUUGUCUUAUCCACAGCAACAGGCCAAACAACUUGAAAAGAAUUCUCACAAGUCAAGUUGUAUACAGCAUUAAGUCUUACUUAUCUACAGCAACAUGCCAAACAACUCAAAAAGAAUUCUCACAACUUCAGCAACUUGAUUACAGCAGCAAGUCUAACUCAACUCAUCUACACAACAAGUCGCAGAACUCAAAAAGAAUUCUCACAACUCUUGCAAACUUAUUCACAGCAGCAAGUCUAACUAGCUUAUUGGCUGAACCAAUUGAAGUGCAAUUUGUAACAAGCAACUUUCCAGCAUCAAAUGUAGGAGAUUAGUAUUGAUUUUUUGUUGCUGUUAAAAAUGAGAUAUAUUAUUUAUUAUGUGUCAUCUGCAAAGCAUGGUGACUAUUAGGAACCCUUUGUCUUUUGUUUGUCUGUAACAACUUGUAUCUUAGAGCAAUGUUUAAUAACAUCUAAGUGACAGGUAGCAUAACUCAUGUUGAAGUUCAUACUCUUAUAAUGUCAGUAUGAAAGUCAUGUUUAGUAAAUACAUGAAUCAAGAGUUAAGGUCAAGAUCUUGUAGAUUAUUCCAGAGUGUCAUUUUGGUGCAAGAUCCAUUUUACAUCAUAAUUUAUUUGAUGUAUCUUUUCUUAUGCUGUAUGAAUUUAAGGAAUUAUAUGCUAAUACAUGUAAUGCAUUUUCUUUACAUUUUUGUUGAAAUCUUAUAAGUAGUAAUAGAGAUACCUAUACUCAAUUUGAUAUUAUUUUGAAUAAGUUUUUGCAGUUUUUAGAAAAAAUAGGCAUUUUGAAUAUUUUUCAUUUCAUAAACAUAAUAAAUGGAAUAAAAAACUAUGAUUUGUAGCUCUUUUCCUCUUCAUAUUUCACAGAAAUAUGGCAGCUUAAAACAUUAUUUUUCAUCAUGUUUCCAUCUUAAAGUUAAGCUCUGAUAAACCUUAUUAAGACAAACUAUUUUCAAAAAGCAUAUUGCAAAAAUAUAUCUCAAAUUUCAUUCAUUUACUAGAUCUUGACCUUCAACCAUAGUUUCUAGUUUAAGAUUGAACGAUGGACCAAAAGCAUCUGUUGUGUUGGGUUUUUGUUUACCUGUGUCUGUCAGUGAUUAUACUGUUACUGUAAUAUUUCACAAGUUGCAAUUAUUUUAUAUUACAUGUAUAAUAAAUACCUAUAUGUGUAUGUUAAUAAUCAGUGCUUUUAUAUAUAUUUCAAAUGCAAUAUAAUAGAGGGACAGAAAAAUAAACUGUACAAUAUUGACAGAAAGUGAAAUAUUUCAUCGCAAUUUGGGUUUUUAAUUUGCAAGUUUUAUAAAGAAAAAAUGCAAAAGUAAAUGAUCAUCUACAUAAGGAUUUUUAUGUCAAAGCUUCAUAUCAUUUCAUUGUCAUUGAACAAAUAAAUGAAGGAUUGUUUUAGAAUACAAAAAUGAUAUCAGUUGCCAGCAAUUAUGAAGAAAACAUUUAGCUAUAAAUGAGAUUAUCUUCCUUUUCUAAUUCAUGAUGAAGUGCCUUGACAUUUCAUAUUAUCAUCAUAAAAUUGCAUUCUUUUUGGUGCCCAUUGUGUGAUUAUAUUUCACCAGUUGUGUUUUCCAUAUAUUUGUGUUGUGGCUUGUUUCUUUGUACAGUUUAGACCCACACAGGAUGUGAACCCCACCCAUAAACUUACAUAUCAUUCUCUUUAACCUUAUGCCAUAGAUGCACUUGAAUUUUGCAAAAGAGAAAAAUUUACAAGAUUAGAAAGAAACUUGUGUUUGCCAUUUCAGGGAAGCAUCUUAGUUAUUUAUUUCUUUGCAUUGAAAGAUACCUAAUUAAAAUGACUGUCAGUAUUAGAAUAAAAACAUUUUUACAUAUAAGCUUUCAGAUUUUAUUUGAAUUUAAUAUUACUUUAAUGUAAUACUGUUUAAAGCUUAUCAAAAGUUGACAGUUUACUGCUAUAAGUAAUUAACAUCCUGUGUUUUUGUUUUUAAAUUGUUUAUGGUAUCAGUCAUUACUGGUUAUUGUUAUAGCUUUUUGUAAGGUUGUAAAUAGGCUUUGCAUUAGUGUUUAGUACUUUAUUAUCAAAUAUUUCUUAAAAUUUAAUUGAGGGUAAACAUUUUUUUAAAGGUUAUAGGUAUAUAUGCACUCCAGUGAUACAUAUGUAAACAGUAAAUGUCUUAGCGAUGAACCAUGUAUUACACCAUUUUCUUUACAAAACUCCAUUCAUAAUGCAUAUGAUGGUUGAAUACAACUUGUACCAGUAUUUUUCAUUUUUGUCCUCUAAUGAUUCCAUGUAAUGUAUUUGAUUUGUAUAUUGUAUAAAUAUAUAUUAUAUACAUAUAUUGUAUCUUUAUGUACAUGAACAUUGUGCGUUUGCCAGGUGUUUACUAAGAAUGCAUUAAAUAUGUACUUUUGCUUUAUAUGAGCUUAAAAAGCAAACAUUCCAUUGUGAUAGAUAGAUAUAUUUUGCAAUAAAUGUGAUGCAUUUUGGUAA